AUGCUUGAGAUUUUUGUGGUGAUGGGCUUGCGCGACUCAUGCGGUGGGCCUAUACAGGACGAACAAAGCUUGAAGACGUGGUGUCUCCGGCACGGCUCUGUCCGUGAACUCCGCAAAAAGAGUGGCAAGGAUGUGCAGCGUCGUGAUUGUGCUGUCGGCUUGCUUUCGGACGACUACGACUACCGUGAGCGUGGUAUCCCGCGUGUGACUUUCAUUGGACGAAUGAAGUCCGAGAUGCACCACUCGAAAGCUCGCAACAUAACCAAUUGCUUGUUCAACGAAGGUGCUGACGGCACGUAUGUGCUGAUUCUGGAUAACGACAUGAAGCCGUAUCCGAAGCUUUUUGAUUGCGGUGCUGUCGUUCUUCUUCUCGGAAGGCGAGGCCGUCGACGGUGGAGGACUUCAGUGCAGCGACGAUAUUUCGUGGACCCAGAUGUCCGUGGCCGUGAUUGUAUCGACUCGGCAGCUCUUGCCCGCCUGAAUGCUGUGUUCUGUCGCCAAGCCUUCGACUCGAUUGGUGGCAUUCAGUACGUAGCUGCUGCUAUGGGCCAGAAGAAGCGUUGGGCAAAGGGUGGUGUGCGGAUUCUGCUGAUGCAAAAUGAGCGCGACGUCGACCCGGAUUGGCGUCCUCCGCGCGUGCCUACCCCAGGCCUGAAGCCAUCUCUUGCGUUCCCGCGCAAGAUGAUUUUUUUUGAGGCCAUCCAGGCGCGUGUGACGGGUAAGGACAAGUCAAGGGCAAGCACGGGUGCUGGUCAGAAGACGCCGUGGACAGAAAUACCGGAUGUGCUUUUCUUCUUCACGCUGCUGUUUAGUCAGCUCGUGGCACUCGUUCGUUUCUUCGAGCACGACUACGCGACGAAUCUGUGGAACUACGUGUCUGCCAUGUUCUGUGGCUUUUUCGUCAUGAGCCAGUACUACCCCAUGGUCAAGAUGAGUAUUCCCGAGUACUGCGGCUGGGGCCAUACUGCUGCCACCUUUACGGCGAAUGUGUUUGGCUCGUUGCUCGUGGUCUACAGUGUAGUCUUCGUGCAGCUAUGGUAA